AUGUCACUAUCGCGUCAUUGCCUCCGCCCAAAGCACAAUGCGUUCGCCAAAUCACGAUCUGUCCCUUGCGGUUUUCAAAAACGAACGCUCUUUGGCCUCGGGUUCAGCAAGCCAAGGCAACCGAGACCUGCGAACCUCGAGCCCGGCAUUAAGAACCUGAUGGAAUUGGAACAAGCAAUCAAAGCGGAUAUACGAACGCCGCCAUCAGAGGAGAUUGCAGACGCCUUUAGGACAUACGUGAAGCACAGGCAGAAGGUCAAUCGAGUCGAUGAAGUGCAAUUACACCUUUUGCAAAUGGCAUACUCGACUCUCAAGAAAGACGCGAGCCUUUAUGAAACCAAGCCAUGGCUAUCUUUAGAUGAUAUACGGCGGGCGCUUGCCAUUCUGUCCUUUCGACCGCCACGAGGAUUUCAAUCUGACUUGUGCAUUGACCUGUCUCGAAUGCUCUUUGAGGACACAACGCAAGAGUACGAGACAGCUAUAGCUGCCGGGCAGUCAGAUGAGUCCUUCCAAGAAGGAUUCAAGGAUGUUAUACUUUCCUACAUCAAAGUACUUUCGUACCAUUCAAAGGCGCUCGUAGCUCAAGAUGUUGUCAAACAGUAUCGCAAGACGCUCCUCAAGGACUCAGAUUAUACUGCAUGGUCUCCCGUUGUACGAGGUCUUGUUCUGGAAGAAAGAGACCAAGAUUUAGAGUCGCUUGUUGAAUACCUUCAGAAGAACGAGGGAUUAUUUGAGCCAGAAAUGUACAGCGACAUCAUUUUCCACUACGCAAGGUUCAGAAAUAAUCCAAAACUGACCAGAACUUGGUACGAUCAUCCUGCUUUCACAAACAAGUCGCCUACGUCAAAAGCCAUUAUAGCCGUUCUCGGACAGUGUAUCAAAGAGGACGAGCUCGAAUGGGGAGACAGCAUUGUAAAGAACCUUAUGCAAGAAGACUUGGAGAAAAAGGAGCUCAUAGACAUGACACUUCGCUGGGCCGCCGCCAAAGGGCGAGGCGUCGAUGAAAUCGGCAAGAUGAUGGAAGUCAUCGCACGAAGAUAUAAGGAUCGGCCAGAUUUGCAGCCCAACAUCACGACCAUCAAUCUACUCAUAAGACUUGCUAUCCAAAAGAAAAAUGACCCUUAUACAGCGGAAAGGUAUAUCAACUUGGGGCAAAAGCUGGGAUUCGAGCCUGAUGCUGCUACAUAUCUCCUUCAACUAGACUAUCGAGUCAAGGUGGAUGACCUCAGCGGAGCAAUGGCUGCGUACACAUCUCUCAGAGCCCAAGACCUUUCGAGGGUAGACAAUAUACAUGCAAUAAACCGCCUCAUUGUCGCCUUUUGUGAGCGUCGACCUUCUGAAUAUGACACUAUAAUGUCUAUAGUAGAUGAUCUGGCUGAUCGAAAUGCACAAUUUACACCAGACGCGGUAGCCGCUCUAUCCAGACUCCAUCUGCAACGCGACGAGAUUGCAGAUGCACAGGAUCUGCUGAAUGCACAUGCUUACUCCUUAGGCCCUUCGGACCGCAGAUCUGUUCAGCAAGUCCUUAUCGACCACAUCAAGGGUUCUAAAACCACAUCGGCUCAAGCUUGGGACACCUAUAAAAUGAUGCGCCGGAUCUUCCAUGAGACACCCGCUGAAAUCUUCAUCGAUAUAAUGCAAGCAUUCUUUACUCGCGGUCGGUCAGACAUGGCAUGCUAUUGUUUUGGCCACAUGCGGCAAUCUCCCAACAAAGCCCUCAGACCGACGACGGAUACUUAUGCCUUGUGCCUAGCAGGUAUUGGAAAAUAUGGUGACGACAGAGCCUUGGAGCUGGUGCAUAACUUGUUAAAGCUCGAUAACGAGAUUGAACCCGAUACCAUGGUCCGUAAUGGCUUAAUGCUAGCAUACAUGGGAUGCGACGAGUCUGACGAUGCCUUGGCGUUUUGGCAAGAUAUUGUUGAAUCCCAGGAAGGGCCGUCUUAUGCUAGCAUCAGGAUUGCGUUGCGUUGUUGCGAGCGGGCGCAACACGUGGGAGAAGAGGCAGUCAGACAGAUAUGGAAGCGCAUCACGGACAGCGAAAUGGAAGUCACUCGAGAGAUCUAUGCGGCGUACCUCGGAGCUUUGGCAGGCCGAUCUCUAUUCGAAGAUUGUGUGAAGGUAUGCAAGGAAGCUGGGAAGUACGGGUUUGAGGUUGAUGCAUUCUUGAUCGGAAGCUUUUUCAACGGAGCGUGGGGUGUCAAAGACAAGCAAGACGUCAGAGAUUGGAUUCGAGAAAUGUACCCUGAGCCCUAUCUGGAUCUGAUAAAGCACGGAAUGUUUUGCACGUCUAAAGGCAACGCUGACGGCAGCAUAGAUGAGGAAGAGGAAGGUAUAGAGGUUCCAGAAGAGAUAUAUGGAACCACCAUGCUGGUCCGAGAAGAGAAGGAGUACUUCUUCGACAUUGGACAUCUUGGCUGGGAUCUUACACUGUAA